AGACAAACUCUCAAGUCCGAUCAGAAACGAGAACAAAAGAGAAGAGAUUGAAUUUUGGUGGCACCAUGUUCAAGAGAGACGACUACAUUCUGGCAGGGUUUCGCCCGAUCCAUGCUUCUGCGUAAACCCAUUUCAGAAACUGCAGAAUUACGCAAGACUUUUGCGGACUACUCCUUAAUUUCUCGAGAUUUAGGUCCAAAGAUUCUGAUAGGAGCCAACGAUAAGGACAAUUUCAGAAAAGAGAAAGAUCGUGUAGGUAGUAGAUACAGAGUCCAAGGAGCCUUCCCGGGUCUGUAUGAGCUCGGUCAUGACCAUGGCCGAAAAGAUGAUGUUCUUGUGGCUAAUCUUGGUCAACCUGAAAGCAUUAGAUCUCGGCUCCGAAGAGAGAGAGAGGUCAGUUCUGAUGCAGCUGAGAAGGAGAUUAAUUCUCUUCCAUCUAUACUUAGACUCAGUCCGUCCAGACCUCAACCGGUUUCAGAGAGACAUGAUGACAUUGUUGAUGAGUCUGACUCUGCUUCUGUUUGUGGAGUCUUACUAGAAGAUGGUACUACUUGCACUACAAUUCCAAUCAAAGGAAGAAAGAGAUGCGCAGAGCAUAAAGGGAAGAAGCUUUCACGUGUUUCCCCCGAAAAUCACAUACCGUGUGAAGUUCCCACCGCAAGAGAAUCCAAAGAAACUGAGGAUACAUGUGGAGUGAUUUUACCUGAUAUGGUACGUUGCAGAAGAAAACCUGUUUCAAGGAGAAAACGAUGCGAGGAUCACAAGGGAAUGAGAGUUAACGCCUUCUUCUUUCUGCUGAACCCAACAGAACGUGAUAAAGCAGUCAAAGAGGAUAAAUCCAAAUCCAAGAGGCAUGAACCAAGAGGGUUCAAGUCCGGGUUUUUUUUUUUCUGUGAAGCUACAACAAAGAAUGGUUUGCCUUGUACGAGAAGUGCUCCUGAAGGGAGCAGAAGAUGUUGGCAGCACAAAGAUAAAACGUUGAACCACGGAUCAUCCGAAAAUGUUAAGAAACCGAUGAGCAUGAAAAUAUAUAGAAAUCCUGAGAAUCAACAAUUCAUCAACAAUCUGUGUCUCUCACUAUUUCGUAAGUGGCUCUUUGGUAGAAAACAAGAAGCUGAAGUAGGACCGUUUUCAGCAUGGAAUAUUACUGGCACAUAUAAAGACUACUUAUCAAAAGUGGGUAUCUCAGGAACUUGGAAGUUUCUGAAUUCCGUAAAUAGCUCUUCAAAAUUCCAAGACUUUCAAAAAGAAAUGCUUGGAAUUAUCUCCUCUCAAGUCUUUCAAGAAUCUGCAAGAGACAGAUUACUGAAACGGAAACUUUUCCAAUACGGUUUACUUUUCAGCUACUCUGAUCUUCGAUUCUCUUGUACUUCAGCUCCAGUACUAAAUGAGAUGGAGAAGCACUGUAAUAUCGAAGUAGCAGCUCAAGUAUCCCGUGUGGCUUCUAGUGAAAAUAAUGGAGACAAAAAUUAUUAUCGCAUGGAAGGAUUGAUGGAGAGUCCUGGGGGAAUUUCUACCUCAAGACAAUUGCAGGCGAGUGAAGAGCCUGUAUCAUCACCUUUGUCAUCUCCAGCUCUGUUGGGUAGUGGAAAAGAAGAUGAGCAGAAGAUUAUCCCAAAGCGUCAGAAAGUUCAGGCUGUCCUCAAGUCCAUGAAGCAGGUUAUCCACGCUGCCCUGGGAAAUGCUACUCAUAAUCAUGGACUAGAUCCUGACCGUCUCCUUGUUGUCUCAAGCUACACCGCGGUGGCUAAAGCGAUCAUGGUUCUCUUCUCGCCUCGAAAUAUCAUUCGUUGGGAACUGGAACAGAUUUACGAGACAGCUAAAAAGGAGAUGGCCUCCUUGGAACGUAAGUGGGAAGAGCAGAUCGAGACAACUAAAAAGGAGAUAGCUUCCUUGGAACGUAAGUGGGAAGAGCAGAUCAAGACAUGUGAAAAGGUGGACGAGCUGAUCGAGACAUGUAGAUUGAUCUUGGAACAGCAGAAGAAGAAAUACAUAUUGAUCUCUUACGCUUUAACCGAGAUUAAAUCCAUGGCUUCACGAACGGGGUUGGAUCCUCAGGAAAUUAAAGAAAUGUGCAGAAAUCUUGAAAGCAAACAAGAUAAGAAAUCAUUGAAUCUGUCCCCAGAUGACAAUAUGCAUGUGGAGGGGUUUGCACUAAGUGUCUUUGCAAAGGCAGACAAGCAGGAUCGUGCAGGAAGAGCUGACUUGGGCACUGCCAAAACUUUUUAUGCUGCGGCAAUCUUCUUUGAAACUCUGAGCCAGUUUGGCCCUGUACCUCCUGAUAUAGAGCAGAAACAGAAGUACGCUGCUUGGAAGGCUGCUGACAUAAGGAAAGCCAUUAAAGAAGGAAGGAAGCCCACUCCAGGUGAUCCUGUUGAUGAUGAUAAUGAUUUACCCAUCCCAUCAAGCCGUCCUAGUGGCUCCUAUGAUCACGGUGCAAAUGUCCCGCCUCCACCACCGUCUUCUUACCCUUCCAACGAUCUCCUUCCCCCUCCCACGGGACCAUCAGACUCCCCUUACCAGCAUCCUUACAGUCAUCAACCAUACCACCAAGACCCGUCACAACACAUGCCGCCACCACAAAACUACUCAGCCCAUGAGCCUUCUCCAAAUUCUCUCCCCAAUUUCCAAUCUUAUCCUAGCUUCAGUGAGAGCAGCCUCCCAUCCACUCCUCCCCACUACCCUUCUCACUACCAAAACCCAGAACCUUACUAUUCUUCUCCGCAUUCCGCACCUGCUCCUUCUUCCGCAAGCUUCUCCUCUGCUCCUCCUCCUCCACCUUACUCAUCAAACGGGCGUAUCAAUAUUGCUCCUGUGCUAGAUCCUGCACCGAGUCCAGCUCAGAAGUACCAUUACGACAGCAGCUACCAGCCAGGGCCUGAGAAGGUUGCAGAGGCACACAAGGCUGCUAGAUUCGCUGUGGGAGCUUUGGCUUUUGAUGAAGUCUCGACUGCUGUAGAACAUCUCAAGAAGUCACUUGAGUUGCUAACAAAUCCAUCGGCCGGUGCCGGUCACUGAAUUUUAUAUUUAAUCUGUGAAACUUGGGGUUGAUGUUAGUGCGUGUGUGUGCUCACAAUCACAUCGUGGGUUUGUUUAUUAACUUUUCAGGCUCAGACUUCGUGUACAAAGAAAAAUGGUGUGAAUUA